CACUUUGUGACUCAUCUCAUUGGUCCUCCGCGUGGCCAAAUCCCGCCCUUCCUCGUUACUCAUUGGCUGCUCCGUUUUAAAUGGGCGGCGACUUUCCUGGGAAAAAAAACCCUCGUUUCCUUGUCAGUCAUAUGCAAGCGAAGAAGAAGAGACGAUAAAUCACCCCGCAGCAUCAAACGGAUCAAAUAUCACGUUUCAGUCGCAGGAAAUACAACUUGAACUGGAUGUUUAAAUGUCAUUAAUGCUCGGCAUCACCCGGGAGGCUUAAUGCUAAAGCUAGCGGCCAUAUUGUGUGCGUGUAGCUCGCAGUUGUCGCCCAUCUGACCGCCCCCCGCUCCCCGGACGCCUUUGUGGCGAUGAGUGCGGACCUCCUCUCGGAUCUGGACACGCGCUUCUUCGCCGAUAACCUCCUGACGAACGAAGACUGGGAUGCCUGCCUGUACCAGUGUGAGAGCAUGGAGGAGGGCGAGGAGGCCGACGCCGGCCGCGCCCCCAAGUACGAACCGGCGUUUGACAAUGACCUCGUGCUCACUCUCGACCCUGACAACCCCACGUCGCCGUGGCAACACCUUGACGACAACCUACUCACAGGAGACGUCAAGAGUGAGAUGACCAUCACACAGCCGCUGCCCGUGGAGAUGUUGUUCCAGGUGAAAGCUGAGCCUCCCUCUCCGGCCUCCUCCCUCGGGUCCGACUGCUCGUCUCUGUCACCUGACCCUCAGGUCCCCGUGAAGGGAGAGCAGCCCCCGACGCCUCCCUACAUGUACGGAGACGUGCUGUCUCCCCCGCUGGGCUCCACCGAGAUCACCGUGGCAACGUCGGCCGUGCGAGCGAAGGCUCAGUCGGCGAUCGCCGGGGCGACGCAGCCGCCGGCCGCGCUGAAGGUCGGCUCCAUCCUCAGCACCAAGCCUCCCAUCCAGCCCAGAAUGCUGGGCCCCACCCCCCAGACCCAGACCCUUACCCAGACCCAGACCCUUACCCAGACCCAGACCCCCGCAAAGACCCUCAUCCUGCAGGCCCUGCCCUCCUUGGACCAGAACAGACCCGUCGUCCUGUCCCAGGCCGUCUGUCUGGGUUCGUCUCCGGCCAUAGUGAAGAUGGAGCCCGUAUCUCCCAGCAUGCACUGCUCCGCCUCCGUGGCGCCGCCCACCAGCAAACCCAUCGUCCCGGCCACGACGACAUCGGCGGCGUUGCCCGGCAACCACUCCAACGACAUCGAUAUGAAGGUCCUGAAGCGUCAGCAGCGCAUGAUAAAGAACCGAGAGUCGGCGUGCCAGUCCAGGAAGAAGAAGAAGGAGUACCUGCAGCACCUGGAGGCGCAGCUCAGGGAGGCGCAGCAGGAGAACGAGCGCCUGCGCCGCGAGAACCAGGCGCUGAAGGAGAGGCUGGCCGGGAAGGAGGGCGGAGACUCUGCCGGCAACAAGCGGGCCGUCUGUGUGAUGGCAGUGCUGCUGUUCAUGACCUUCAGCUUCGGCCCCGCCAGCCUCUCAGACAGAAAGCUGUCGGGCCUCCAGGAUGGCGUGGUGACGUACACGGGGCGACGGCUGCUGGAGAUCGAGCAACAACAACGACAACGACAACAACGACAGCCUCCGAGCCGAGUGGAGGACACGACGGAGACGGAGGAGGACGGAGGAGACGAGACUGCAGAGUCGUAUCAGUUCAGGAACCUCAGUGAUGUGUUCAGUGACAUGAAGGAUCUGGUUCUUCAGGACAUCGAUCGUUACUUCAGUUCUUCAGACUGUCGACAGUUCAACCGCUCAGAGUCUCUCAGGCUGGCCGACGAGCUGAGAGGUUGGGUCCAGCGACAUCAGAUCGACCGCAAGAAGUCGGGAGGAAAACCCAAAGUCGCCAAGAAAGCCAAGAUUGCCCAGAAGGCUCAGCUGAGGAGGACCAACUUCUCCAGAUACCUGCCGGUCCAGACGCACCGCUCCAUAGAAAGUCAGCUGCAGGUGCUUCCUGGUCCGGAGGUCAGGUACAGCGACUUCCUGGACGCCAUCGAGCGCAGAGAGGACACGUUCUACGUGGUUUCCUUCAGACGGGACCACCUGCUGCUGCCGGCCAUCAGCCACAACAAGACCAGCCGGCCCAAAAUGUCUCUGGUGAUGCCGGCCAUGUCUGUGAACGAGAGCCUGUACAACUCGUCCCAGGGCUACGAGAUGAUGAUGCAGGUGGACUGUGAGGUGAUGGAUACGCGCAUCGUGCCCAUCAAGUCGUCCGCCGUGCCGCCGUCUCUCCGCGACCCCCCCCCGCCCCCCCCUCCUCCCCCCACCACAACCACACCUCUCUGCGAGGGCGCCACCACCACCACACCACGCCGAGGCAACCGCUGCCCGCCCGCCGCCGCGCGGCCGAGUUCCUCAUCAGCCAAUCGGAGGGAGUCUGAGGGCGGCUAGGUAACACACACACACUCUUUUUGAUUGUGGUCGCUCCUUCUGGCCGUCGUCGUGGAAACUCGACCUCCUCGCCGCUCCGGAAGACGGCGUCCUCACGAACGAGGACGCGCUCGCUGCACUUAGAGGACGAUGCGUUGUUUUUAAUGUUUAACGUGGACAGAGCGACGCGCCGGAGGACGGGACGCUGUGAUUGGUCGAAAGCACGCCGGCUUCAUUUCCUUCCUGGUGGAAGUCGUAACCGUCACUUCCUGUCUUCCUCGACACUACUGAUGGUUUCUGUGUUUGUAUAGUUGUUGUUGUUGUUGUUGUUGGCCGCUGCAUGGGGCUGGAUCUUAAUGUGGGCGCAAGGAACACAGUCGAUCUUCAUCUUUCCUGCGGAUCAAUACGUCAGUGAUUACGAUGUAUUGAUCAUUCACUGGUUUAAUGUCCAGUAAAAAAUGUAUUACGGAUCACUUUAUUUUAUUUUUAUUAUGAUUUAUAUGUUGAUUCAUCAAUUUAGUGUUUCAGUCAUUUUUCAACCAAAAAAAUAAUAAUAAUGAACUUAACUGCUUUUUUUCUGGCAAAUCAUCGGAAACUUAAACUAAUAAUUAAUUAUGAACGAUUAAUUUAAAAAGAAAAUGAAACGUUUUGUCUGUUUGAGCUGCUCUUCAAACUGAUCAAUAAUCAAUAAGUUAAAGAAGGAAAAACCACUGGAGGAAGAAACAUAAGUACAGAUACCACUACUACUAAUAAUAAUAUUCAGUGAAAAGGAAAACAGGAGCUCAUAAACGCUGAUUCGGCUUUCUUGAACGACAAAAGGAGAAUAGACGUUAAACUGAUGACAUCACUUCCUGUUGCGGGCUACCGAUCCGGCUUCACGUGGCGCCCGCUUCACGUAGAGAUGUCUUUGUUGUGGGUUAUUUAUAGUUGUAAAUAUCAACGUUCUGUAGAUAUUGUUUUCUUUUGUUUCUGUCGCCUUUUUUUAUAUAUUUUUUUAUUUCUUUGGGAUAUUUUGACAACAAAAAGUUAAAGAAAAAGUUUUAAAAAACGUAAAGUUUAUAUAAUGAUGAGAAAAACAGACUUCUGGUGUUUUUAAAUAUUUAGUUCGGUUCAUUGGACCAAAGUUCUGUCCUGGUGGGAAUAUAUUUAUGGAAAUAUAUAAACUGUUUUUUUAUUGUACAGAAUUAACUUUCAUUAAGUUUUUGUUCAAAUAAAUUGUUUUAAAAAUGUCUUGAUUUUUAACACUUUCUGGGUUUUUUCAAACCAAGAAAUGUUUCUAAUUUUCUUUUGUUUAAAAAAACCUGUUUUCUAAUCUUGUGUUUGUUUGUUUUUGCACGGCAUCAUGGGAAAUGUCCUUUAUUAAGAGCAACGCGUAAAAUCCACAAAACACAAAGUUUGACAAUCAAAGAAAUAAAAACUUGAGGUUUAACAUUCACAUAUUAAAAUAAACUAUCUGAAUAUUUUUGUUCAUGAAAACGUGUGAUUCAGGAAAAAAAAAAAAAAAUUUGGAAAUUUGUUCAGUUUUUACAGAAAUAAAUCAGUGUGAGACUCCUC